UUCCUACGAACAUUCCGGUUAUUAUAAUUAAAAUUCUUAUCUCUCGCACACAUUUAACACUCACUUCCUCCCGCUUUUAAAUAUAAAGAUUAACAAACAAGUCUUUCACUUAACGAGCCUUGUAUUGUCUGGGUGUAAUUCUCUUCCUGUAUUCGACACAGGUGCUUUGUCACAAGAGGGAUGCGUUACUCGAUGACGUUAUUAGACCCAUGGAUUGCGAAGAAUUAAAAGAAUCCGGCAUCGAGGAAUCCGGAAUUUACACAGUGUGUCCGAGGGGAAGAACAAACGAACCUCUUUUUCCCGUGUACUGCGACAUGGAAAAAGACGGAGGAGACUGGACAGUGUUCGAGAGAAGAGGAGACUAUGGUAAACCAGCUAACUAUUUUUACAAAAACUGGGAAGAUUACCGCCAAGGUUUCGGCGAAUUAAACAAAGAAUUUUGGUUAGGACUGGACAAAAUACAUUCAUUAACGGCUCAAGGAAAUUACAUGCUGAGAAUUAAGAUGGUAAAAUUUGAAGAAUCUGGAGAUUAUUAUGCCGUUUAUUCAAAUUUUAAAGUUGGUAGCGAAGACGAAGAUGACAAAUUGAUGUUCGAUAACUUCGUUGAAGGAAAUAUAGUCAUUUUAAAAACAAUAGAUUCAGCACAUACGAUAAUGGAUUCUGGAAGGAAAUCUGCACAAGAUUGAAGUUAGGCGGAUAUUGGUUCAAUCGAUAUCUAUCCUGUUAUA